CGCCUUUACUACGUUCAUUCGAAUGGUCUCCCUUGACGUUUGCUCGGAUACUGGCACACCUCGCACUAGAGGAAGAGAACAGACCAACAACGGGCGGCUCACUGGUUCAGUUGACAACGUAACAAGAAUUGAGAAGUGUUUCACGGUACAGCUGUUUUCGGAAUGGAGACCUGUGGAGUACCGACGCUUACCUGUGUCUUACUUCUGCUUUUCACAGGAGCCCUGUACGCCAGUGCCGAGACCGAUGAUGAGAGAGACCAGGGCAGCCUCAUGGACGAGCCUCUCUUGAGAGUGGUCAGGAGCGCUCAGCGAGCAAUCUCCGGCAACUCGUGGAUCGGUGCCACCGACAGCGCUCGCCAAGGACGUAUAGCAGACUCAGGAGGUGACGGCAUGGGAUCACGGGGUCGUCCAGGAUCGCGCCGCAGGGACAGAGACCGAGGUCGUGGGGGUCGGAACAGAGGACGAGGACGCGGGAACGCGAGGAGAAUUCCCAACGGACCGCCCACCAGAUUGGACAGACGCACGAUGGGACUGGUGUACCGGCUGUCCAACGCCAGCACACCAUUCGCCCUCUCCCUGUUUGCAAAAUUACAUCCACAGCUAAUGACAAACGCAGUAUUUUCGCCUCUCAGUGUGCACACCGCCAUGACAAUGACGUCAAUCGGCGCAAGGGGGAGAACUCAACGGGAGAUGUUCCGGUCUCUAGGUCUGAGACGAGCCAGGCUUCGCCGUAGGCGUGAGCACCGUGCCUACCACGCCUUGCUGACGUCACUGUCCUACACCCACAGAGAUGUGCAUGUAUCAAGUGCAAACGCCGUUUUUGUCAAGCCAAAUAUACCGCUGGAAGAUGCGUUCAGGCAACAGGUCCAACAGAUGUAUUUGGCCAAAUUUGACACGUUCAGCUUGAGGAACCCAGAACAAGCCAUCAACAACUGGGUUGCCAACGCGACAGGUGGGAAGAUCCGAGACUUGAUCGCCCCCGGGUCUAUAGGACGUUCCACCUCUAUGGUACUGGUCAAUGCCAUCUACCUGAACGCCAGCUGGGCCUACCCGUUUGACCGCCGAAGGACGUCACUACAGGAGUUCCAGCCUGCCAAUAGUGCCCCGAGAAAUAUGCAAAUGAUGUCAAAUACGCAGGUUUACAGGUACGCCAGCAGACAGAAUAUGGAGGUCGUGGAGCUGCCAUACAAAGGAGACAGGCUAGCCAUGUACAUCAUGCUGCCUCACAACUCCUCCAGCAUAGCCGAGCUUAUGGAGUUUGUCACCGGAUCAGAGGACCCAGGGCAAAACCCGUUGGAAGUGCUGCUCUCCGAUUUGACCCCUGAAUCUGUCAAGGUCGUCUUGCCGAAAUUCAAUAUCGAGAGCGAAGUUCUCGAUUUGAGUCAGGAUCUGCAGGAGAUGGGGAUCGUGAAGGCUUUUAAUAGAAGGAGGGCCAACUUCUCCGGUAUCUCGGUGACCCCACUCUAUAUUGACAAGGUCGUGCACAAGGCCGUGAUCGAGGUCACAGAAAGCGGGACUACAGCAUCUGCCGCUACGGCGGUUUACCUUGCCAGAAACUCGUUUCUGCGCCAUACAACAGAGGUCAAGGUCAAUCGGCCUUUCAUGUUUCUGAUCAAGGACAAGCUGAUGAACGCUGUGCUCUUCAUGGGGGCCUUCCUUGGUGAGGAGAGCCAGGGGUAGGGUGGACACGCUCUGCCUGGCCUAGCAGCUCAAAGGGACUGCAUAACAUCAUCUUCCAUCUUCCAGUACCAGCUCAGAGACAAUACAUACGUGCUUUUUCCUCACUCAUUUCUGACGUUUCUGCGAAGAUUUGGAUCUAAGAAAGCGUGAAUUUGUAAGUGAAGGUAUCUGGUACAAUAGCAUUAUAGUUAAAUAUCCUAUGACAAAAGAAAAAUAAAUGAAAGUGUUGAAAUAAUAGGAUAUUUAACUUGAUUCACAAUCUGUAUGCUGUUAAAGAACAGGCUGAAUCGAAGCAUCCUGCAACGAUUGGUUUCUUCACGUUUGAUACAAAAUAAUAUGGUGACAUAGUAACAAUGAAUGAUCUUGCAAGCGAUCAAAUGGGGGGAAACGUGAGAGUUUGAAUUCUGGAGAUAAGCCAUUUAGUCACAAUAAAGCCUUUUAAAUAUAGCAAGUAGACAUGCACUUGUAAAAUAUACACUUUCAGGUAGUUUCCUAGUUUUUCAUUGAAAUCGUACGAACAAAAGUCAAUGAAUUUCAAGAAAAGCAUAUAAAGUUUUAACAAAUUUUGAAAAUUGACUAUUGUUACUAAAUUAUUUUUUUCUGUUUGAUUAAAAACAACAGAUAUUGAAUUCAAAUGCUUGACUGUGUACUUUUGGUUUGAUUAAAACUUUGGAUUCGUU